CAGUCCAAUCCAGCCCAGCCCCGUUUGAGGGCAGGCCCAGUGAGGUGAGGUUUAAGCGUAGGGUGAUGCCCAUGGGCCGUGCAGUACCCCCAGGUAACUCGGGGGAUCUUCACAGUGCACCCAAUAUCUGCCAGCCCGGCCCAGCACGCUGCUGAUUUCAUCUUUUUCCACCCUAAAACAAGCCCGAGAAAGGGAAAAGCUCCGAGGCUCCGGAACCUCCGGAGCGGCCGCGGCGCAGCGGCGGGGCCCAGCCGGCGGCGCAGCGGGGGUGGGGCGGAGCUCGCUGAUGGACAGCACAGACAGCCAAUAACAGAAAUACUACCCACCAGACUUCGAUCCUGCUAAGAUCCCAAAGCUCAAACUCCCAAAGGACCGACAGUAUGUGGUGCGACUCAUGGCUCCCUUCAACAUGCGCUGCAAGACCUGUGGGGAGUACAUCUACAAAGGGAAGAAGUUUAAUGCCCGGAAGGAGACCGUUCAGAACGAGGUGUACCUGGGACUCCCCAUCUUCCGCUUCUACAUCAAGUGCACCCGCUGCCUGGCAGAGAUCACUUUCAAGACAGACCCUGAGAACACAGACUACACCAUGGAGCACGGGGCCACCCGCAACUUCCAGGCUGAGAAGCUCCUGGAGGAAGAGGAGAAAAGAAUGCAAAAGGAGAGAGAAGAGGAAGAGCUCAACAAUCCCAUGAAGGUCCUGGAAAACAGAACCAAAGACUCCAAGCUGGAGAUGGAGGUUCUGGAGAACCUGCAGGAGCUGAAGGAACUCAACCAGCGCCAGGCAAAUGUGGACUUUGAGGCCAUGCUGAAGCAGUACAAGGAGCAUGAGGAGGAGCAGAGGCGCAAAGAGCAAGAGGAAGAUGAGCAGGAGAUGAACCUCUCUCCUGGCAGAGCCAUGCUGGAACAGGCCCAGAACCGGCACCUGCUGCCUGACUCCGACUCUGACGAGGAGCCUUCGAAGCCACACACGAACUCCUUGGGCAAAAUGAAGCCUACAGACAUCUUGCAGGAGGACCCUCAGCCCCAGACUAAGAAGCAAAAAACUGAGAGCUGGGAGAGGAGUGUGGGCAAAUUAAACAGCAAAGCCCAGCUGGCUGGGCUGGUCACAGUGAGGAAGCAGAAGCCAAGUCCUGCUGUGGCUAAUGGGGCACAGAACCAAGGCUCUGCUCCCCCAGCACCAGGCACCACGUCCUCCCUCAGCUUGCUGGGGGCAUAUUCUGACAGCGAGGACAGCACAAGCGACUGAGGAGUGCCCCCAGCAGCCUGCCAUGGGGCUGGGCCCCCUCCCAGCUGCUCCCCACAGCCCCCAUGGAGCUGCCAGGGGGGUCUCUGGGCUGGCUGCAGCCCCCAUGGCCUCAGCUCCACUCCUCCCACCAGCCCCGUGCCCAGCCCCACCCAGACCAGGGGGUUGCUCUGUGCUGGGGGUGCCCAAACCCCCUCACCCCCACCUCAGGGUGCCUGGGCCUGGCUGGGUGAUGUGCUGACCCUCCCAUGGCAACCCCAGAGCCUGCCCCACAGCCCUGCAGUUGGCAGCUGGGGCUCAGCACCCCUUUACCACAGGAGAACCCAUCACCAGCACUCCUCCAGCCCUGGGUGGGGGGGUCAGCACCCUCCUUUGUGGGGUAAACACAAAGCCCCUCCCCUUGUUUUGCUGUUGGAGGUGACAGAUUGUGCUGCAGGGACCCAGGCCCUGUGGGGACAGGGCUGCCUGAACCCCCCCAGUGUCCCUGACAACCCCCCUCUGGCUCUGCUCAGCUCUCUGGGACACCCAGAAUAAAUCACAUGUGUCUCA